CACUGAACCACGUAGGCUGGGCCAUGUUUGUCUGUUUAUUUUCCAAGACCAUUUGUAAUCUGGACUUAGUGUACUUCUCCCAGCCUCAGUGCUCUGAUUGACAUAUUUACUCAUUUACUGUCAGCCACUGUCCUAGUUUUUAUUCAAUACAAAUUGUGUGCCGGGCACUUUCCUAUAUGUUGGGUAUUUGGUACUGGAUAAACCAGAUAGGGUCCCUCCUGUCACCUAGCUUACCUUCCCACCACACAAACUUUUUGCUAUUCCCAGAUUCUUUUUAUGCAUUUGCAGCUACUUUUCUUUCUUCCUGGUAUGGCUUUUUUUUCUUUAACUUUUCUGCCUAGAGAAUUUUCUGUGAUCAUUGUUUUAUCUUUUUAACCAGCUUAGAUUUUUAUCUUCUGUCAUAUCAUCCUCAUCUCCUCUUAGGUAGAGUUAGAUAGGCCUUCCUCAGUGGUCUAUUAGCACCUCACUCACAUCCUUUUUAUAGUGUUUUUGCUGAAGAGUUUUGAUUGUUUAUAUGUCUGUGUGCUUGUGUAUGCAUAUAUGUGUAUAUGAUAUGCACAUACACACAUAGCCCUCUCUUAUUACAGGAUAAGCUGAGUAAGGGCAGGUACCUAUGAUAUCUACCUUAUUGCUCUCCCAGCUUAAUAUCUAAACACUGGAGAUGUGUAAUAAAUGUUGAGGAAGUGAAUGAAUAACAAACUAUCAGAUGAACUUAUUUUUUACAGGGCACAGGGGGGCUUGUAAAUAUGACUAAGAUCUGUCUUCAAGGACUAACCAUAUAGUCAAGGAGAUAAGAAACAGAUGAGUAGACUGCAAGGUGAUUUGUGAUAAGCUCUGUAAGUCACAAGUCUUUGAGCCCUACUUCGAGAUUUUGGAAGUAUAUUCCACAAAGGCCAAGAAUUAUGUAAAUGGGCAUUGCACCAAAUACGAGCCCUGGCAGUUAAUUGUAUGGAGUGUCGUAUGCACCCUGCUGAUAGUCUGGGUAUAUGAGUUUGUCUUCCAGCCAGAGAGUUUAUGGUCAAGGUUUAAAAAGAAAAUCUUUAAGCUCAUCAGGAAGAUGCCUAUUAUUGGUCGCAAGAUCCAAGAUGAGUUGAACAAGGCCAAGGAUGAUAUUAGCAAGAACAUGUCAUUUCUGAAAGUGGAGAAAGAGUAUGUGAAAGUUCUGCCCUCUCAAGGUCUGAGCUCGACUGCAGUUCUGGAGAAGCUCAAGGAGUACAGCUCUAUGGAUGUCACGUGGCAAGAAGGGAGAGCCUCCGGAGCGGUGUACAAUGGGGAGGAGAGGCUCACCGAGCUCCUCGUGAAGGCUUAUGGAGAUUUUGCAUGGAGUAAUCCACUGCAUCCAGAUAUCUUCCCAGGUCUGCGGAAGAUAGAGGCAGAGAUUGUGAGCAUAGCCUGUUUCCUUUUCAACGGGGGACCAGAUUCCUGUGGAUGUGUGACCUCUGGGGGGACAGAAAGCAUACUGAUGGCCUGCAAGGCUUAUCGGGACCUGGCCUUAGAGAAUGGGAUCAAAAAUCCAGAAAUUGUGGCCCCCCAAAGUGCCCAUGCUGCAUUUGACAAAGCAGCCCACUAUUUUGGGAUGAAGAUUGUACGGGUUCCACUGAACAAAAUGAUGGAGGUGGAUGUCCGGGCAAUGAGAAGAGCCAUCUCCAGGAAUACUGCCAUGCUUGUCUGUUCUACCCCACAGUUUCCUCACGGUGUAAUAGAUCCUGUCCCUGAAGUGGCCAAGCUGGCUGUCAAAUACAAAAUACCUCUUCAUGUAGACGCUUGUCUGGGGGGCUUCCUCAUUGUCUUUAUGGAGAAAGCAGGAUACCCACUGGAUCAACCAUUUGAUUUCCGGGUGAAAGGUGUGACCAGCAUUUCAGCGGAUACCCAUAAGUAUGGCUACGCUCCCAAAGGCUCUUCACUGGUGUUAUACAGUGACAAGAAGUACAGAAGCUAUCAGUUCUUCCUUGAUCCAGAUUGGCAGGGUGGCAUCUAUGCCUCCCCAACCAUGGCGGGCUCACGGCCUGGGGGCAUUAGUGCAGCCUGCUGGGCUACCUUGAUGCACUUCGGUGAGAGCGGCUAUGUUGAAGCUACCAAACAGAUCAUCAAAACCGCUCGCUUCCUCAAGUCAGAACUGGAAAACAUCAAAGGCAUCUUUGUUUUUGGGGACCCUCAGUUGUCAGUCAUUGCCCUGGGCUCCCAUGAUUUUGACAUCUACCGACUAUUUAACCUGAUGAAUGCUAAGGGGUGGAACUUGAACCAGCUGCAGUUCCCAUCCAGUAUUCAUUUCUGCAUUACCUUAGUACACACUCGGAAGCGAGUAGCCAUACAGUUUCUAAAGGACAUCCGAGAAUCUGUCACUCAAAUCAUGAAGAAUCCUAAAGCCAAGACCACAGGAAUGGGUGCGAUCUACGGCAUGGCCCAGACCGCUGUCGACAGGAACCAAGUGGCAGAGCUGUCCUCGGUCUUCUUGGACAGCCUUUUCAGCACAGACACUGUAACUCAGGGCAGCCAGAUGAAUGGCUCUCCAAAGCCCCGCUGAGCCUGGGGGGCUGCUGGCCUUCAGGGGGUUCUCAGGUGUGGACAGGCCACACAGCUCAACAUCCGGUCCUGCCCACAGAGCAGACGAGACAGACCACACGACUGCUGGUCCUCAGGAUUCGCGUCCUCCUCUAAUCGUCCUUCUGCGGGUUCUGAUGUGAAGACCCCAGAGGAUUCCAUUAUGUAAUUCCUUUGCCCCUGCUCUAAAUAUUGCACUAGGAAUUGUUUUAACUAUUUCCUUCUCUAACCUCUCUAGCUUUCACGUUCACGUAAUCAUUGUGUGGCAGCUCUGACCUGUCCUGAUCCCUCAGGCAAGCUGGGGUACAGUUCAUGAGAUAGAAGAAGGUUUUCUUCGUCAUCUCAGGCCAAUUGACUUAGUCAAAUAGGAAGCACAUGUAACAGAAGUUUCCCGGGUGGGUGUUAGGUGACUAAGCAGUAGGCUUUUCAGCCCUACUCGUUGAGUAGGUUAGUUGUCUCUCUCAGAGUUACUUUCACUGCAACUUGUUUUUCCAGGGCACAGGUUGACCAGGCCGUUGUUGUCAUGCAGGGUUGGUGUGGCCAGUCUACAAGGCGGAGUAGCGAGUGGUACAUUGUCCUCUUCUGAUGUGUAGUCUCCAUUUGAUGCUUGGUUUCCACCAUCUUUGGGAAUUGUUAUUUUAAACUAUGCUCCCACUGGUUUGUUCUUGAACUAGGAAGAGAAUGUAAUUCCCAGAGAAUCUAGGGCUUUCUGGCCUUAAUGCUGAUCCUCUGAAUUGGCAGUUUUCAGAGCACACCUGAGCCCUCUCCUGGGCUGGAGAUGAUCAGAAACCGGACACUUUUCUAUGCUUUCCUGAGUAUCAGGGUAGGAUGAGCACCCAAAUUCAAAUGUAUGUCACCAAAGUUCAUGGUGGUCCUCCCCUUCCCCACUGCUUUACGCCAUCCCGUAUGUAUGAGAACAUGUUUGCUAGAAGGAACAGCUCAGAGCACCUUCACAAGUUGCCUUGAUUUACCCUGUGGGGCAGGAAGGGCAUGGGAGGGCCCCCAAGGCAAGGAAGAAUUUCUCUCCAUUGGUGUGUUCUUCCAGCCUCAGUCUAUUUUAUUCAGCUCCCAAAGGUACUACGGCAGUUUAGCCUCGGGGACUGGACACUUCUCAGCCCUGGCUAGGGUGAGGUAAAUACUUUGGAAUAGGAAAACAUGAUGGUGUCAGUUGUAGCCUAGGGCCUGGGAUUUCUUCCUAAGACUAGAUGCUCGGGAUGAUGCAGGGAUAGGACCAAACCCUGUGCCCACUUUCUACCUUUUUCUGCUCUGCAUGGAGCCUGGAUCUAGGCCGAGCCACUGUCCUGCCCUAAUGACAACAUAUUGUAUGUGUGCCUUUUUCCUCAGCGGGAGCAGUAUGGCUUCUGACCUAGGCCCUGGGGAUGGGGAAUCGGUCCUUGAGGUUUUAGUCGGGUAGGGGAAUCCUUAGGAUAAGUCAGGAGAAACUCCUCUGUUCCAUUACCCUUCUCAGGGAUCCUGAAGGUCCAGCCUCUUCAGGCUGGCAUCCUCUCGCCCCCUCCCUGGGUGUGCCAGUUGGGAGAGCCAACAUGACCAUUUCCCCAAGCUCCUGACCACGUUUGUCCGAAAUGUUCUUUAGCACUGUACUUCCUGCACAAAACUGUGACUGGCCGUGUCAUUGCAGGGCUGGUGUGUGUGUGUGUGUGUGUGUGUGUGUGUGUGUGUGUGUGUUUCCUCCUGUCCAUCAUGGGUUCCAAGAGUGAUUGGUGUGCAUGUGUGUGUGUGUUACAGGGAGAGGCUGAGGUCCUUCAAACAUGGAGCUAUGUUCCCUGUUGUUGCUGAACUGGUGGGUACCUCCUGAAAGAGGAGGUGUGGUUGGAUCUCUGCAUGAAUUGUCUUUUAUGUCUCCAGUGCAUUCAUUAUGUUGAAGGACGUCCAGGGACCCACAACCACCCAGCAGGCACCACUGAGGUUUGUCAGCUGCUUCCAGUGUCUCCCCAGGACCGUCCCCUGUGCUGUGACAACAUUGCUUCCGGGGUGGGCUGGGGUGGGGGUCUUGAGGUUGUUUUUCAAAGGGACUUACUGUAGCCACUUUAAGUUAUGUUUACGAGCCUUAGUUUGACUUAACAUUUGGGCUUUCCGUUCUGUGUGUAGUAACGCCCAGGAGGGCAGACGUCCUAACAAUAACAUGUUGUUAGCAGAUGUCACAUUGGCCUCUGCAAAAACUGUACUGUCUUGUUUCUGAUUAGAAAUCAUGUGACUCUACUGCCAUGUCACUUUUAAUAUUACCAGUUUUUUACUUGGAAAAUGGUACUUGCCUCCUUUAAAUCUUUUCUGUCUUUAACCUCCCACUUCUCAUCUCAAUGCUCCCUUCCUAACUGCAGCAAUAAUCUCUUAAAAAGUGAUUAAGUAAAUAAAUGUCCCAAAUCUUAAUUAUUGUGGAUGGUUGCAUUCAUUUGUUUAUUUAGGUGCACACGUGUCAUCCCAGAUGGGAUGUUGGCAGCUCUUGACCAGCUGCUGGUGAGAGAUCGCCCCCUUGUGGUGACGUGUGUGUGUGACCACUGAUAUUAGGGCAAACAGACCUGAGGGUGGGCAGCACGCCUGCCCAAUUCCCAGCACUUCCUUGGCUCCACCAGGAGAGAUGGUCAUACUCGCUUUCAGGGAGGUCUGGAACUCAGGUUUUUCCUUUCCCAGGGCCAGGGCCCUGCCUUAUGUUGUCUGUCAUCUUCCUCAUCCACUACUGCUUAUACCUUAGUGAUGGUUGAACCAUCUGGGGUAGUCUCCAGCCAGCUGGGCAGUGUAGCUGUGUCUAACCAAAGGACGCUGAGCUUCAAACCCUGUAUUUGGUUUGGGAGCUGACAGAACCCUCAUGUUAAUUUUGCAACUGCAACUGCUGAGCGCCUUGUUCCGUUAUGACUGAGAAGUGAGACGUCUUUCCCAAGGGUUGUUCGGGUUCCCAAGGCGCUCAUUCAGGAAACCACUCAGACUUUGCCAGAAUCAAGUUGAGGAAUGCGGCCUUUGCUAUAGUUUUCUGCCAAAUGACUGUUUCCUGAGCACCUGCUUGCUUUGGGGUAAACCCUAGAGAGAGGGGCCAGGACAUGCUUUGAUAGGAGACGUGGUCCAUCUGGGAGAUGGUGUCUGGUGCUUACACCUGCUCCUUCCAGCUGAGAGCCCCUUUGCCUUCUCUGUGGGUUCUCGGUAGCAGUGAGCCACUUCAAGCUAGACCCAGUAGUGACAGAGUAAUGGCAGAGGCCUGAUUUGACAGCCACCAGCUACUGCCUGGGUAAGCAAAAGUCAGGUGUUUGAGAGCCUUUUCUUGGUUUGGACUCUUAACUGCUUUAGUUUUUCUUGUGCUUUCUUCAUCAUUUUAACUUCA